AUGCCGUCUUCAGGGGCGGGCGACAGGAGCCCGGAGAUUGCCGUCGCUCCCGAGCUCGUCUCACCUCCCGUCAGGAUGCGCACGCCGCCAGGCCCGCGCGCCGCGCGUCCCUCGUGCUCUCUGGUUCGCGCCUCUGUGUCUCCUUCCACUUCUUGUUCCUUCUCGCUGCCUCGUCUCGUCGGCCUCCCUGCGCCGGAGUCGCCGCCUCUCUCUGCGGAGUUCACGCCCUUUCCUCCAGUUGCAGACAUCCUUCCCUCUUGCUCGCCGCCGCGGUCGUCGGCGCGGUCUCCGCGGCUGUUGGGCGCAGGUGCGCGUUGUCUCUCAGCUUCGUCUCCGCAGCAGAUUGAUCGCAAAGCGCCAUCUGGCUCCACAGCGCCAUCGCUACUGCUGCGCUCUGCAGAGGAGCCGUCGCCUUUCGCUUCGGCGGCCGCGAGCGGUGCCAAAGAGUUGAAUCGCGGGUGUCUCUCGGGGAUGUGGGGUCGCUGUUUUCCGGGCGCAGUCUGGCGCGGGUUGCGCGCGGCCGUUCUGCUGCCGGUGUCCCUGGCGGCGAGCGUGCGGGAGGCGGUCGGGCCUCGCUUUUUUCUGUUGCUGGUCUCGGUUUACCUCUGCAUCAAGGGCUUGGUCUACUCGCUCACAGUGUCGGCGAUGCUGCCGUAUUUCAAAGCCUUGGGGUGGAGCGCGACGGCCUACCAGCAGGCGACAGCGCUCGCGUUCGUGCCCUGGGGCAUGAAGGGUUUGAUAGGGACGCUGUCAGACGCGCUGCCGCUCUUUGGCUACCGCAAGAAGUACUACAUGCUAUUGGCCUCGCUCCUCGGCGUCGCAGGCGUGUGCGGCCUCUGCGUCGUGCCGCAGAGCUUCGCAGCGGAUCGCUUCUGGCUGGUUUGUUGCCUCUUUCUGUUGAGUCAGCUGCAGGUCGCGACGCUCGACUUGAUGUGCGAAGGCCGGUACUCCGAGUUGAUGGUGGAGGCGCCGGCCGUCGGGCCGGCGAUUGUGACCUUCGUGAACGUGUUGAUUUCGGUCGGUCAGGCCUUCGGCAAGAUGCUCGUCGGGCCCGUCAGCGACCAGGUGGGGACGCGCCCCAUUUUCUGGCUUGCGCUGCCCCUCGCGGCCUCUGUUGUGCCGCCGAUCUGCCUGAAUUUUCUUCCAGAGCAGAAGCUUGAGCGCGAGGACCUGCAGGUGCUGCGCGAGCGGAUCUACGCGCAGCGCCGCGUCUUUAUCAUGGGCUGCUCGCUCGCCGCGGCCUCUUGCGGCGUCGCCGUCGUCUCCCUCCUGACGAACAAAGACAGCUUCCUGCUCGCCUACAGCUUGAUCGCCGGGGUCGCGCUCUCCUGCGUGUGCUUCUUCGCGCUGCCGCGGCAGAUCGCCUUCUGCAACAUGUAUUUCUUUCUGGACCAGCUGUUGCAUCUCAACGUCUCGGGCGCACUCGACUUCUUCUACACAGCGAGCCCCGAGUGUCUGCCCGACGGUCCCCACUUCGACUACACGUACUACAACACCUACACCUGCGUCGCCGGCGCGGUCGGGGGCGUAAUAGUCCUCAUUCUCUUCCUCAAAGUCCUGCCGCCCUACUCCUUUCGCCACAUCCUCACCGGCGCCUGUCUGCUGCGACUCGGCGCCUCGCUCGUGGACUACGUCCUCGUCUCGCGCCUCACCACGCAGAUGCACCUGUCCGAUCGCGCGGUGUACCUGCUCGGCGACGCGAUCAUUCUCGUCGGCGUCGGCUCGCUCUCGUACAUGGUGGGAGCGAUCUUAAUCUCCAAGCUGUGCCCGCGCAACGUCGAGGCCACCGUGUAUGCGAUCCUCGCUGGUAUGGGCAACAUGGGCUCCACUCUCUCCACCCUGGUCGGCGUCGCCGCCAUCAAGGACUUUCACAUCACCACCACACUGCAGGAGGAGGGCGGAUGCGACUUCUCUAGGCUUCCCCAACUCAUAUCCAUCUCGAAUUUUGUCUUGCCUUCCCUCUGCAUUCCUCUCUGCAUGGUCUUACUACCCAACAGCGCCAUGGACGCCCCCCUCUCCGCGGACGCGCCCGCCACCCGAGAACCCUCCCUCUUCACCCUCUUCGCCCACUAUGGCCCUGCAGGCGCAGGGGCCGACGACAGAGCUCAAGGCGCCGGUGGAGGCCGAGAAGCCGGGGGCGGGGCGCCAGCGGCCGGCUGGGGCCCGGCGGCCGGCGGAGCCCAGGGGCGGGGCGACAGCGGCGACGAGGACCGCGGGACGAGCAGGGGGCGACGCACAGCCAAGGCAGGCAUGAAGGCGGGCGACAGUGGGACUGAGAACGGAGACGAAGGAUCGAGAGACGAGAGGCCUGCGGAUGACGAUCGCGAGGAAGCUGGGCGCAGACGCGGUCGGCGGAGACACAGUAAGCACGCCGGCUCAUCGGAGAGAGAAGAACGCACAGAGCAGACGGCACAGAAGACUGGCAGCUGGCUCGAGCUGAUUGGAGACUCCGACGACACGCUGUUGAGUGAUGAGAGCCUGACGCGGAGAGGAGAAAGGAUAUCUGCAGCGUGCCGAGAAGGCCUCGCAGACUGGGACGUUGAGGGCGGACGAAGAAACGCAGAAGCUGGCGGCUUCAGCGGCUUUGUGGGAACAAGCGUCUCGGGGGUGGAGCUCCUUGCCGACGGCGAGGCGGAUAGCGCCGGGGGACGGAGGGAGAGAUGCAGGAGGAACGAGUUUCCACGGGUGCUGCUUUAG